GAGGAGCCGGAGAGAUACAGGGAUGCAGAGGCAGAUAGGGGCGAGGAUAGAGGAGGCACAGUUUGACACACAUCCAGAGGAGCUCCACUUCCCCUCCUUUUCACAGACCCUUUAUCAUCACAGAAACGCAGACUCAUCCGUGAACCCUGGCACCAGAACAUCCUCCUCCUCAUCAUGUUGAGGAAGGGCUCAGAACGGCUCAUGAGAGACAGAGAGGUGCUGCUGGAUCUCGACAACGGGGGUGAAGCCCAAGCCACAGACGGCUAUGGGAGUCUGGAGAACGGGGGUUACAUCCCACCAAGAUAUCUUUCAGCUGGGGCUGGUGAUGGAGCCGUGGAUGAUGACGACAAGCCCAUCUAUAUGCACUGUGAUACAAAUGGAAACGCGUCAGCCUCGUCUCUGGGGAAUUACUUCAGAGAUGGAAGAACCAAAAUUGACUUUGUUUUGGUUUGGGAGGUGCGCUCUCGGAGAAAACGUCGUGCCAAAGGGAGUGGUACCAGUGAGGUGGCAGAUAAAGAUGGGGAGACCACCGAGGAAGCAAGCAGGUCUGGUAGAAGAAAAGCUCUGCUGGCACAAUGGAGGGACAAGUUUGUCCAAAAUCUACAGAGCACUGGCCUGCUACUGGAAAAGGAGGAAACGGCGAAUGAGAAAAAAACAAUCCAUUUCCUGAAACUUAGUGCCCCCUGGGAUGUGCUGGUGUACUACGCUGAGGAACUCUGCCUGAGAGCGCCGCUACAGGCACAACCAAAUCCAGACUUCAACACGUCUGCUCGAGUGCUGGAUAGACUAUGCAUACCAAACGUCAUGGCGGAAUCUGUGCCAAACAGGCCGUUGGACUACUACACGUGUGCCUUUCGCAAGUCGAAGAUGAACAGAUUUCUUGGCGGUGAAAAUCACGAGACAUAUUUCACAAACACACAGAGGCACCGUAUCGUGUUUGAGAUUCUGGCCAGGACGGUGUACGGCAAGAGGAAGAGGGCUGAGGUGGGCAUAGACAGGCUGCUGAAUGAGGGGGCGUACAUGGCUGCUUUCCCGCUACAUGAGGGCCCGUUUCAGCUUCCAAAGUAUGAGGUCCGUCCCGAUGAGCUGAACCAGAGACAGGUUCUUUUUCAUUACUGGGCGCGCUGGUCCAAAUGGUGCAAGUACCAGCCCCUGGACCACAUCCGGGAGUACUUUGGAGAAAAGAUCGCACUUUAUUUCACCUGGCUGGGUUUCUACACAGCGUGGCUGCUGCCGGCGGCCUUGGUGGGAACCCUCAUUUUUGUGUCAGGAAUCAUGUCCAUGGGCAACAACACCCCUGCUAAGGAGAUCUGUAGCAGUGGAGCCGCCUACCUGAUGUGUCCUCUCUGUAACACCUGCCAGCCGUGGAACAUGUCCGACAUCUGCCCCAUGGCCAAGGUGGGCUAUCUGUUCGACCAUUCAGGUACAGUCUUCUUCAGUGUGUUCAUGUCUUUCUGGGCCGUCACCUUCCUGGAGUACUGGAAACGCAAGAUGGCCACCCUGGCCCACCACUGGGACUGUAUGGACUUCCAUGAGGAAGAGGAGCGUCCGCGACCCGAGUUUGCAGCCAUGGCCCCUGCUAUGGAGUACAACCCGGUGACCGGCGUCAAAGAGCCGUACUUCCCAGAGAAGGCCCGGCUGACCCGCAUGUUCACCGGCUCCAUGGUCAUCAUCAUCAUGCUGUGUGUGGUGAUGAUCUUUCUGGUGACGGUGAUCAUGUACCGCGGUAUCAUCAGUGUGAUGAUGUUCCACACCGGGAGCCCUGUGCUGCGCACACAGGCAGGGAACAUAGCCAACAUCUCCAGCAGCGUGGUGAAUCUGGGGCUCAUUCUGCUGAUGGGGAAGGUCUACACAGCGCUGGCGGAGCAGCUGACUAAAUGGGAAAUGCACCGAACACAGACCCAGUAUGAGGAUGCGUUCACUUUCAAGGUGUUUGUCUUUCAAUUUGUCAACUUCUACUCCUCUCCUUUCUACGUGGCUUUCUUCAAGGGAAGGUUCGUGGGGUACCCGAGCAAUUAUGGGACCCUGUUCGGGAUGAGGAAUGAAGAUUGUGGCCCUGGAGGAUGUCUCAUUGAGCUGGCGGAGCAGCUCUUCAUCAUCAUGGUGGGGAAGCAGGUUAUCAGCAACAUCCAGGAGUUUGUUAUCCCGAAAGUGAAGGCGUGGCAUCAGAAGAAGGCACUGGCCAAGGUGCGAGGGAGCAAAGUGCCCCCGGAGCCUCGGCGCUGGGAGGAAGACUACCAACUGGUAGAGUGUGAAGGCCUGUUUGAAGAGUACCUAGAAAUGGUCCUCCAGUUUGGGUUCAUCACCAUCUUCGUGGCGGCGUUUCCCUUGGCUCCUCUCUUUGCCCUCCUCAACAACUGGGUGGAGGUCCGUCUGGACGCCCACAAGUUUGUGUGCGAGUACCGGCGGCCCGUGGCUGAGCGCGCCCAGAACAUCGGAGUCUGGUUCAACAUCCUGGAAGCUUUGUCGCACCUGUCCGUCAUCGCCAACGCUUUCCUCAUAGCCUUCACGUCAGAUUUCCUACCCCGCUUGCUGUACCGGUAUAAAUUCGACGAUGCUCUGAACGGAUAUGUCAACUUCACCCUGGCUUACGCUCCAGUGAACUACACCGACCACCCAAUGUGCAGAUAUAAAGCUCUCCGAGACAACAAUGGAAACUACACACUGUUUUACUGGGAGCUCCUCGCUGUCAGACUUGGCUUUAUCAUCGUGUUUGAGCACCUUGUGUUCUUUGUGCUGAGAGCCAUAGACUGGUUGGUGCCCGACGUGCCCGAGUCCUUGGAGCUGAAGAUCAAGAGGGAGCGCUACCUGGCCAAGCAGGCCUUGGCAGAGAACCAGGAGGCCCUCUUGGUGAGUCGAGGCCACGGGCCCACCCCACCUUCUCCAGGUGUUUCCAGUUCAGUGAAUGUUUCCCAAUGAGGGGGCAAGCGACGCGUCCUUUGGCAACGUGAGUCAGGACUGCAGUGCGGAAGAGGGUGCACCGAGAGGAGCAGUGGGAAAGGAGAGGAGGGCUCGUGGAGCUAUCAAAGACUCUCCUUCGCAUUUGGGAUAUCAUUAGUGAACUCGCCUCCCCCCGGGAAUGCUAUCUUCGUGAUGGGAUGGGCUGGUGGCGGGGGUUGUGUAACGCCAAGGCGCUGGGUGCGACUCAUCGUGCCCUGUGCGUGUUGCAUUAUGUGUAUGUUGUGUUUAGGGAUAACUUUUCGAUCCAAGGAGAUUUACUUUGUUGUUUCAGUUUUUUGGGCCUGUAUACCUUUGGCAGAGACUAAAUCAUGCACAUCCUACGGGUCUCCAAGCCCAAGAGCAAAGAGUACAAAGUAGACACGGUUUCUGUCCUUUUCUACGCUUUACAGUGUGCUCAUCUUUUUGUUUUACGGCUGAUUCGUGUUUUUUUUUAACCUAAUUAAACUGUUAGAUGGCUGACAUCAGCAAAUAUUCACACCCUACUCUACUGCAAUAUAUGUUAGAUAUACUGUUCAUGUAUAUACUGUGAAGCAUGGUAAGCUUUUCUAUAGGAAUGCUCUGUAUAGUAUUUGUACGCUCGUUGCCAAUCAUGCGAUCUUGGAUCGUGAGAUACGCUUUUGUGCAAAAGUGCACACACUACUGGAAUAGUCACUCUGUGUUGCAUAUUUUG